UCUCACGCUGAUGCAUUCGUGCACUUUUUGCUACAGUUCAGAUGUCUUGUAUCUUGAUCAAACUACAGCAGUUGUGCCGCAGUCUGUUGAGAUUAUUUUGAGCUCCUGCUAGGCAAGGCUGGCUUUUAAAAAUAUUUUUCUAAUCAAUGUUUGGCCUUUUGGCAACUCCGUGAACUUUUAUUGUUCCAGCACGGAAGGAAAUGUAUAUUUUAAGGAGAACAUGUUGACUCUAUUAAGACGUCUUCAGUUGUGGAAGCAUGGGAAGCCCGGGCUGAAGUUUGAGCGUGGCUAAACAAAUCUCCUGAGGCAAGAAAUAAAAAAAUGUUGAUGUCCAAACCUUCUAGUGACUGAGGUGAGGUGUUGAACAAUGGACGGCAACCUGAGCACAUCAGCAUCUGCUUUAAGGAACGACACGCUCCCCUACCACCCUGCAGCAGGAUCCUGGAUCCUCCUCAUACUAGUGGCUAUCAUUGUCAUCAUCGUGGUGGGAAACUUGCUGGUGAUCAUCGCCAUAGCUUCAACUUCCCAGCUUCAGACCACGACAAACAUCUUCAUCAUGUCUCUAGCGUGCGCUGACCUCAUCAUGGGUGUCCUUGUAGUGCCCCUGGGGGCCACCAUUGUCCUGACAGGCAACUGGCAGCUCGACGAAACAUCUUGUGAUUUCUGGACUUCAGUGGAUGUUUUAUGCGUGACGGCCAGCAUAGAGACACUCUGCGUGAUAGCGGUGGACCGUUACAUAGCCAUUACGAGGCCGCUCCGACACCAAGUUUUACUGUGUAAAUGGCGUGCCAGGGCGAUCGUUUGUUUGGUGUGGAUCGUUUCAGCUUUAAUCUCUUUUGUACCAAUCAUGAAAGGCUACUGGCGUGCAGACAAUGAAUACGAAGCCAGGAUGUGCUACGAUGACCCAGCUUGUUGUGACUUUGUCACUAACUGGGCCUAUGCCAUCGUAUCUUCCAUUGUGUCUUUCUACAUUCCUCUCUUUAUCAUGAUCUUUGUAUACGCAAAGGUCUUCCUAAUAGCAAGACGGCAAGUGCAGCUCAUUGAUAAAAGUAGAAUGCGUUUCAAACACGAGUGCUCAACACUGGAAAUGCAAUAUGGUUCCGAUGUCAACAAUGGGGCCCUCCAGUCUGUGUGCAUUAGCCAAGGCAGUAGCGGUAUUGGGAAGAAGGGCGUCAAGCGAAGACCGUCACGUUUAUUACUUGUUAAAGAACAAAAGGCCCUAAAAACCUUGGGUAUCAUCAUGGGGACUUUUACAGUCUGCUGGCUGCCGUUCUUUGUGGCCAACAUCAUCAACGCUUUUGACCGAAGCGUUCCAUCGGAAAGGAUCUUCAGACUCUUAAACUGGUUGGGUUACGUGAACUCUGGCCUUAAUCCCAUCAUCUACUGCCGGAGUGCGGAGUUCCGCGUUGCCUUCAAGAACCUUCUCGGCUGUCCGUGGCUGUCCACCCUGUGGCUCAACACCAUCUAUAAAGAAGUGCGGACUCGCUGCUCCUGUUUUCAGUGGCCGGCUGAAGCAGGCCUGGCUGGCUCUUUCCAAAAAACUCCAGUCAGGAACAAAAGUGACGAGGAUUCUCCAGUUCAAUUUCAGUCCAACGGCAACACGGAAUUCAGUGAUUUACCACAACCAGAAGCCAGAUUUUUUACUUUGCAGGAAAAAGAAGGAUGAGGACUGCAAAGUGUCACACUACUGAAGUUAUUACUGUGAAAUCCGGCAGCCAAUGAGGAGCCGCUACAUUGGACAGUGAGGUCGAGCAUGGAAAUGGUGGGAACGAUUUGAGGCUGAAGUUGAGCUUUUUCUAACACAACACCUGCCUGGACUUGCUGAUCACACGUGUGCAGCGUCAUCAAUGUGAAAACACUGACUGAAUUCAUGCACUUCCAAAUAGGAAUUCACAUGCAAAGUGAUGGGCACCUUUUUGUGGUUUCAAACUGUAAAAAAAUUUGCACAGUGUGACAUAAUAAGUUAUCUAUUUAUAAUUCACAUAGUGUCUAUCCAACUAUCCCUCAGUUACGGAAUUCCUAUUGCACUGUCCUGUGAAUUCAAUUCCGGUGUUUGCUUUCAGCCUUCAUCCUUUGAGUGAGAUUAUGAACUGCAGUAGUUAUUUAUUUAGUUAUUGUAUCCGAAUCUCAAAUGCACAUAAAGGCAAAUCUAUAAAUCACGCUUCUUGAAUUUGAUGUCCACUUAAACUGUCUAGCUGCCAGGACACAAAGUUUUUUCUGUCAAUUUGCAAUUUGACAAACUGCUUGUAAAAUGUCACCAGAAACCCUAUGGGUAGAAAUCAAUCCCAAUUUAGAAGUAACACCAAGUGAGCCAGUCUGCACGCUGAAAAUUCAUCGAACUCAUAAAUUACACACAGUCUUCCUCUGACAUUUUGCUGUGUGUUAUGUUUGAAGUUGUACGAAGAAAUAAAAAAAGAUACACAACAAAAUGUUAUAUGUGUACAUUUCAGUCAUCAUAUGGUUGUUUCUUGAAGACCAUGUGGAUUUAAUUUAAUGCUAUAUCAAUAUUUGUUGUGAAGAAGA